AUGGACUACGAAUGCAAGCCCAAGGUUACGGACUCGUGCUCAGAUGAACUUCCCAAGGGCAUGCCUCAUCACUUUGCGACGCUACCUACUUACGUUUAUGCGGUCUCCUCUUCAACGGUCAACUCGUUCCAUACGUCGGAAGACCGACUACUGCGCGGACCCCGCCCUUUGAAAACAUUUCCCCCACAAGCCUCAACCCGGACGUCCUCGAUAGGGAGUACAGAAGAGAAGCAGAGUCGUGCAUUUGGCAGUCGAAGACUGCAGCGACCGAGUCCCUUUGGCACUUUCGUCAGACACAGUUCUGCCCCAAGUAUCGGGCGAAGCUCCCGGCCGACUUCGCGUCCUGGGACAAAUACCGAUUCUAUCUACUCCAGUACUUUGGCACCUGGACGGCCAGUGGUGUAUAUGGAUGCUCCAAAUGGCUGUUCGGACACUUUCUGGUCGGCCGUCAACUUCAGCAGCCGCCCAUCCACCUCGUCUACGUCUCGGCCAAGAUCUAAGUCGGUAUCCAUGCAGAAUGGUCUGGAAGAGGGCUUGUAUUUUCCGCUCGACGCUGCUCCCGAGGUGGAGGUCGGAAUGGGCGAUCGACCUGGCUAUACCAAGAUUCCUCUUUACGUUCCGAGAAGGAUCGAGCGAGACCGGGCCUGCCCUAGGCCAGACCAGAUGCGGCCUACCUUGACACCGGUGCCUGCUAUGCCCAGUAUAGCAGCGGAACAACUUGCAGUUCAUCAGGAAUUUACAACCGCUAACCCAGCCAUCUCUGAUAUGUCACUCACCUCGCUGCAAGGCCAGACAUCCGUGCAAUCACAUACGGAGAGGGAGCAAAUGCUACGAGAAGUAGAACCUCAACCCCGAGGUCGACCAAGCACAGGCAGUCGCGACCGCCUUUCUAAGGCGCUGACCAACGCAUGGUCGGAAAGGACACUGCGGAAGAAGCAAAAAGGUGGGCAGAAAACGGGCCUCCACUAG